CGACACGGCGAGAAAGGACCCAGUGGAAGCACGUUGUCAGUCCUUUUUUGUUUGAUGGUUGUGCGUUUAGAUUCAGUUUACCUCAGUAUUUUUAAUCACUUGCUGUACUAGUAUUACGAUAAGUCGUGAGAAAUGUCAGUCACAGAAAUGUUCAGCAACAUUCAGGAAUAUCUGAGCGCGGACCAAGAUGUGAGAGAGGACAUAAGAAAAGUUGUGCAGGUACUAGAGCAAACUGCGAGAGAAAUUCUGACCGUACUUCAAAGUGUCCAUCAACCCUCAGGCUUCAAGGACAUUCCAAGUAAAUGUUUAAAGGCUCGGGAACUUUUCUGCACUGUAAGGAAUCACCUGGGUGAUCUGAAGACCAAGUUUCCAGCUGAGCAGUAUUACAGGUUCCACGAACACUGGAGGUUUGUGUUGCAGCGUGUAACUUUUCUGGCUGCCUUUGUUGUGUAUUUGGAAGGUGAAACUCUAGUGACGAGAGAAGAAGUUGCUGGAAUAUUAGGCAUUGAAGUGGACAGAGAGAAAGGCUUUCAUCUUGACAUUGAAGAUUAUCUGUCAGGUAUAUUAACCCUGGCCAGUGAGCUGUCUAGGCUGGCGGUGAACAGCGUGACGGCGGGGGACUACACCCGGCCCCUGCGCAUCUCCCACUUCAUCAACGAGCUCGACUCGGGCUUCCGGCUCCUCAACCUGAAGAACGACCCGCUCCGGAAGCGCUACGACGGCCUGAAGUACGACGUGAAGAAGAUCGAGGAGGUCGUGUACGACCUCUCCAUCCGGGGGCUGGCCAAGGAGCAGGAGGGCGCGAGCACCGGCGACCAGUGAGGGCCGGGCGAGGGGUGGCACCAGCGCUGGGGGAGAAGGGGCCAGCAGCCGGAGCGCGUCUCUUAGCGUAGUUUGUAGAUGAGCAGAAGGGCGGGGGGCCGGAGGGCGAACCUGAGCUCUUCUUUGAUCCUGUGGCAGGACUGUGCAGCUGUUCAAGUUGUUUGUAGCUUCGAAGUUCAAUAUAUUUUGUUUUGCUCCAUUCAUUUCUUGUACAGGUCGUAGUCAUUUAACAUACCAGUAAGCCUAUUUUUAUGUCGUAUGAUGAAGUUUCAUUACUGUUCUGUGGCUUAAUUGUCUUUUGAGCCGAGAUAUCUGAACUCUUUAUUCUAAUGGGAUUUGUGAAUGAUUUGUAUUGACCCUGUCAGGCCCCUUGUGCAGCCACGUGCAACUGCUGUAGAAUUAACUGCAGAGGAACAACGGUUCUGAACUAUUCAGAAAGGAAUUGUCCUAAGAGGUUCUUGAAGCAGACUUUGAAGCAGACCGAAAAGGUUUGUGUCAAUUAAGUAGUAAGCUUGCAUGAAACUCUGCAACAGUGUUGUUAAACAGCCUUUCACAUCCUGUGAAAGAAUAUGCAAAUAUCCCUUGGCACUUAUGUAAAAAGUUUUUAAAACUGAUGUGCAAGAUAGGUAUACAAUUUCCUUUCACUAAUUUAAUUUUAAAAUAUAAUUUUAAUUAAAUCUCCAUCCCCAGUUUCCUCUGUUUUAUUUCCAUAAAAUAUUGUAACCCAGAUGCUCUCUGUGAGUUAACGGAUUUAUUUGUGUUCAUUUGGAAUUAUAUACUGUAUACGUGCCAGUGCCUGAUAAAUGUUAAAUGAGAUCAUGUGAAGCAAAUGUUUAAUUUGAGCUUUUUGUUGUUUAUUACAAUGCUGAAAAUGAGGGCCAUGAAAGCACUUCUAAAACCAUGUCUUAUCUUCCCUUGAAUGAAGUCUGUACGAUAUCGCAAUAGGGAAGCCACUCUGUGCAUAAAUAUUCAUGAAUCUCAUCCUUCAAAAUGUCCAGUUUGAAGCUUCACAUGUGUUACUGAUUCUUUUACCUCAGAAAAAAAAUGUGCCAAUAGUUAUCAGGAUUGUUUGGUGUUUCACAGGAAAGAGAAUUUACCUUUUUGUAAGCAAUGGUGUGGAGAGAAGGUAGUGGUUGUCACAGUGGGUUUGCUGUAUCUUUUCUGUUGAGCUGUUUUGUCCCCUUUUGAAGUGGGGAAAAAAAAAUCAUGUUCUUAAUACGUUCACCCCACCAGAAGAGUUUUAAGUACAUUAAAAAGUGUACUGUAAUUGGAUUCUGCUGCUGUUUCAAAAUUUAGAUUUACGGGGAUGCAUUGAUGUAAUCAUCGAGGGUGAAAAUUUCUUUACCAAAAAAGACAUUUCACCAUUCAUCUUGGAUGUUUGGCCAUUGCUGGUUUUACUUAGUGUUGCGAAGGGUGUUCAGAAAGUAAAAAAACGUGUUCAAGGUGUGAGCUAAUUUUUUGAGGCCAAUCAUUUUUGUGAAAAUCACCUUGGCAUUUCAUCAUAAGUUGUGCUCAAGUUUUGUUAAUUAAAUGCAUGUUGGCCGUGAUCAAAAUCCUUAAGUACAACAAAUAAGCGUUUUGUUUCCGAGAACUACAUUUAAAGAAAACUUUAGAGAAUAUCUUUGUUUUUCAGAAAAGAUCAAUCUUUUUAUGCAUAUGGGGGUUUGGCUCAGGGUGCCAUUUUAGAUUUUCAGUAUUGGAAGAGGAAAGAAAGCAUUUUCAAACAAGUACAACCAUUUAUCUGUACACUAUUGCAGAUAAAUGGUUGCUUUGAUUGGUUUGCUUAAGAUAAUUUUCUUUCAAAGAAACAACGUUCACAACUGCUAGGAAUACGUUUAUCAGUUCAUCUGAGCAAUAAGAUAAGUUUACUUUUUUGUGAGUGAUUUUAGCACCUGCACAGUGUAACAAACAUUUAAUAAAGAGCUGUUUUGCUGAA